CCGAAAGGACACUUGUAACGCACUGUUGCUCCAAAACUGCUGCUGGUAUGACGUGUUUGUUUGGCGGAGUAAGUGCUAUCGCCGUGUCCUCGUGGAUCAUAGUUCGCGCGCGUGUGGCUUCGUGGAAAGGAAUCGAUUGAGUUAUUUACCGCCAUGAGACAUAAAUCAGUGUCAGUUCAUUGUUGAACCUUGAUUGGAGCACUGCUGAAAGUCGCUCCCGCGGGAUAGUAAUUACUUAUUCAUUAUCUACUGCCUGCUGAUUGGGUCUGUGAUCUUGAGAAGUACUAGCAUUCAUCAGGUGCAUUGCUGGUGGUGAAUUUUUGGUGGUUGGUCAUUUAUCGAAUAUUUGAUUAUAUUUAAUCGUUAUAAAUAGCACGUAAUUGGUGAUAGUUUCGUAUCAGACAUAAAGUGGCUUAAGUGUUUGAUUGGAUAUUGGCAGUCUUCCACUUAGGCAGUGCAGUGAGUGAAGUAUUCAGAUCUGAUUCGUGUACUGUAGCUCGUAACUGUGGAUGCGAUGAGCUUCCGUAGGUGACGGCAGCGUAUAUUAUUUAAAACAACUGUCAGUCGUAUCGAUUGGCGUACGAUACGCCACAUUUAGAUCGACAAAUGAAGCUCUUUUUCAUACGUGGUGAAUCACGUUUACUGUGUAUUGUCAUCAUUGAUCGUCAGCGGCUAUAGCGAGUGUGGCAGGACUACAGAUCGUCAUACAUUGCCGCCACAAUGGAUGCAGAUGGUUAUGACAGCGGAGACUACAAUGCGACCGAUUACGUUAAUCGUACAACACCCAUCUAUUCGAUUAACCCAGAUUUCAUCACACAGUGGAAGCUGAAGAAAAAACAAGAAAAGUUUUGUAAGCAACUCUACAAAAGAUUAAAUCUAUUAAAUUUCCCAGAAUGUCAAAACUUACUCGGUAUCCCUGCGUACCACCGACUGUAUGAGAAGGCAAGCAGUGGCCCAGUAGCUGGUAUCGGUGCAAGUGGAAGAUUCGGCGGAAGCGGCGGCAGAUUCGCUGGGCUCGACGAGAUAGACUUUUAUAAUCUGAAUGGAUACAACAAUUGGUUCACGAGUAAUAAUUAUAGUUUUCUUGAGUGGAACAAUGGUAGCAGUGGCGCUUCCUGGAAUAGCUCUGGGGAUGGAAUCAUGUAUAAUGGCACUUUCCUAGGCGCCAGUGAGAAUGGUAUUGGACCUGUGUUGCCCCCGUUUGAGCUUUGGCAAACGAUUCUGAUUGCGAUAUGUUUGGCGAUUUGCAUAAUACUCACCAUAGGUGGCAACAUCCUGGUACUACUGGCUUUUAUUGUGGACCGAAGCAUCCGUCAGCCGAGUAAUUACUUCAUUGCAUCGCUUGCAGCUACCGAUAUGCUAAUAGGGACCGUAUCGAUGCCGUUUUACACCGUGUACGUUCUCAUGGGUUACUGGGAUUUAGGUCCACUGUUGUGUGAUUUAUGGUUAUCCGUGGAUUACACUGUCUGUUUAGUAUCGCAGUACACCGUGCUAUUAAUUACAAUAGAUCGCUUCUGUUCUGUGAAGAUUGCUGCCAAGUAUCGCAGUUGGAGAACGAAGAACAAGGUUAUCUGGAUGGUGACAAUUACGUGGAUAAUCCCAGCGUUAUUGUUUUUCAUUUCCAUUUUUGGUUGGGAACACUUUUUAGGUUACCGAGAUUUGCUUCCUGGAGAGUGUGCAGUGCAGUUCUUAAAGGAUCCUAUUUUCAACACUGCUCUAAUUAUUGGCUACUAUUGGACAACGUUGGUAGUUUUGUUUGUUUUGUACGGUGGUAUUUACAAAACGGCUUACGAUAUGCAGAAAAAGAGUGAGGCUAAACAGCGCAAAAUGCAAUCAAUGGUGGCAUUGGGCAAUGCGAUGACUGGAUUGGCUGGUCAGGCGGGAGGAAUUGGUAUAUCAAAGACUCAAAGUACUCUACUAAGCCAAGAUAAACAACCGACUGCGACGAUCGUACCGAGCAUAUCGAUACCACCAGUACUUUCGUUAGCUGUAAAUCAACUACAGAAAGAUGAUGCUAGUAGAAAGAGCUCAAUUCAAAAUCUAACGGACGGCCAAUUAAGCGAUAGUAAAAAGUGUAAGGAUGAGAAAGAAGGUGAUAAAAGUGAGCGAUCAAGUAGUCCGGCUUUCGACUCGGAUGAUGAAAGCUCGGCAAAUACGAAGCAACAACAAGAAGAAGCAAAAAUGGCGAAGAAAAGAACAUCCCUAGCAGGAUUGUUGGUUGGUGCUUCGGCAUCAGUGCUAUCGAAUAGAUAUAAUGGUGCGGUAAAGUCUACAACAGUGUCUGCAGUCGAUUGCAGUAAGACGAAAAAGUCUCCAAACAUGCCAAUCAAGAACGAUGGGCUAUCAAAGAUCACUGAAACGAGCCUUAUUGAUACAGAAAACGCAGAUACGAAACCGCAAAUCUCACCACUGAAACCAACUCCGAUUCAAUCUCCCAUAUCGCCUGUCGAUAUCGAACCGCUUGUAGUUAGAAAAUCGGAGAGAGCACCGGAGAUUUCAAAUACAAUACUAACACCGCCACACGGAUUCCACGGAAGCCCACAUACUUCCGAUAGUUCACCGUCCAAAUCCUUCAGGCCUCACAGCAUAAUUAGUCAAGGAGAAUCGACAGUGACGUAUGACGCUGUAGUUGGCAUGGAUGGUGCCGAUCUCCGCUUCAUGGACGAGAGCUCAGUCGUUGUUCCUUCACCACAAUACGAGAGUCCUCCGUCAGCAUUCGCAAUAGUUCAGCCUCGUUCCCCGGCUCAAAGCGCCGGACAGAAUAUAGCUAAUCCGUCAUUGUUACAAAAAGCAUUAAUUCGAGCAACAGCUCAAUCGCAACAACCUCCUCCAACGGUUCUACUUCGAUCGGUUGACAUCGACUCACUUUCGCCAACUGGUCAAACCACUUCAGCUCAACCAAUGCAAACACUUAAUAAAUUUAGUACAACAGUCACAGUAGCCUCUCAGAAUCCGGACAAACCGGUAACAGUGUUGAAUAGUUCCUAUACGAACAACUCCAACACAAAUGAUCUCGACAGCACCAGCCUUAAUUCGAAAGCGCAACUAAACAAUCCCGUGUCGGUUUCAAGCACUGUUGUAGAUCUAAAGCACUCAUUUCAGGCAGUGAACACAGAAACUACUACAGUGCAGACUACGACAACGACUAGCAGCAGUACACCAUCGGUGGCUACGUCAGCACCUCAAGCGAAAGCACCACCCAGCACAAUUACCAUACAGGUCUCAUCGUCUACCAACAACACUCCCAGUGGGGCAACGAUAACUAUCAACCCUUGUCUGGAACGACAAACUUCAAGCAAGCGAGACUUUAUUCGAUCGAUCGGCAAAAGACUGAAGGGAAACAAGAAAGCCGAUCCUCUCGGAGUCGGAAGACAAAAGUCCAAAUCAGAAAACCGUGCUCGUAAAGCAUUCCGAACGAUAUCCUUCAUCUUGGGAGCAUUUGUCGCCUGUUGGACCCCGUACCAUGUGUUGGCCUUGGUGGUGGGUUUCUGUUCGGAUCCACCCUGUAUCAACGAGCACUUGUUUAUGUUUUCUUACUUUUUAUGCUACGCCAAUAGUCCGAUGAAUCCUUUUUGCUACGCCCUUGCCAACCAACAGUUCAAAAAGACAUUCACCCGAAUUCUACGAGGAGAUCUGCAUAUGACUUAAACAUCACACAUCCUAUAGCAUAACAAGCUUAGGGAAAAUCAAUAUCAUUUUAAUGUAAUGAUAUAGACAAUAAUAAUGUUAAAACAAAUAAUAGAUAAAUAGUUGAAACUAGUAUUUAAGCCACCAGUUGCUAACCAAUAGUAUAGGAAGUAAUAUGAAAUAUCGUUAAGAGCGUCGUUAGAGUAGUAAUCAAACAAAAAAAAUCUGAUUAUUGAUAUAUGUAAAUAGUUUUUAGACAAUUGAUAGAACGCUACAUAAUCAAAUAAUUUGCUGGCAAAAACGGUCGUUAUGAAAUAAAAAACGUAUUUAAAAUAAUUGUAGGAACAUAGAAUAGUGCUCUGCGCCUCCAUUUUAUAAAAGAUCAUUUUAAUAAUAUGAGCAACCCAUGGCUACUUAGCAUAUUGAUGACAUAUUUUUAGCGCAAAAAUGCUAAAACACGUAGUACACUAAUAUAAAAAAUUAAACAUCGUUCACUGUUUCGCUGUUUAUGAAAGACAAAGUGUGAUUAGAUAAUUUUGCUAAAAAACGGUACUUAUUUCUCAUGCUGAUACAACAGAAUUGCCGUGAAGAAAUGUAUUGCAGUAGUUCGAAUAUAAAAUUAAGCUUCUCUUUCGUUCAGAACGUCGUCACAAAAGCAUUACAGGGGUUUAAACUCUUAUACGAUAGUUCUUUGGCUGGAUAAUAAACGCUGUUAAAAAUGUGCACGAACUGCCUAAUUUCCAUUUUUUCAUAUUCCUAUUUUGUAACCAUUAACAGAAGAUAGAAUAGCUCUUUAUCGAUCAAGUUGUUUUUAAAUGAUUCAAACAAUAUAUUUAAUAAUUUUCUAUCAAUCAAGAAUAUUUGAAUUAGUUUUAGUUUUGCGAACUAUUAAAGAGCACGAACCACUCAAACAAAAUCACACCAUGGCCAUACUGUACCGUUGUUAGGUUCUUUUAGACUGAUACUAAAAGAUAAAAGGUGUUUCGCUAAACAAAUAAUAAAGGCACGAAACUGUCAUGUAAACUUCUUUUUUGAACUGAGCCCCUUAGAGGAACUUUGCAUGAUACGAUUCGAGUUUAUUUGCCUUUGUCGUUUAUUCGCGAAACGUUGAAUCAAAUUUUUAUUUCGAUAUUCAUGGUAAUCUAAUUCACCUUCCCCCAUGACUUCGAAAAUAUUUAAAUACUCAAAAUGAACGAAAAAUCUCAAAUUAUUACCAAGGCAAGGUAAUUUAAGGUAUUUGAUAUGUUUCGCAUAGAAAUAGAAGUGAUUUCGAAUUCUUGUUGGUUAUGUUUGAUAGAAAAGCUGUUAUGUUUGAUGGAAAAUUUUUAUGUUUAAAAUUUCUUUUAUCUGAGAUAUUUUAAAACAGUUUGGGUUAUUAGUUAAAUUAAAUUUUAAUGACGAUAACUGCUCAAAUCGAUUGCAGUUCUCUUUUUAGACCGACAGUACGACACAUACCGAUAAAAGAAAAUCAAUUAUAGCAAACUCUAUAAAACGAAACAAAUCCUACAACUUAAAAUAAGAUCGAAUUAGGAUGUAUUGAUAGAUUUACAUUUAAGAUACAAAAAUAACAAAAAAAGACAAUACGAGGUUAAUUUGGAUAUCAAUGUACACGGAGAAAAUAACUCGAUAAACGUCUUAUUGGAGCGAUAGAAAAGGAAGCCGAAAAAAUAGAGGGUGUUCAACUAUAAACCCAGCCUAUUGCAUCAAGAACCUUUGAAACUGGUACGAAAGGUUUUGCAUAAUGUAGAAAAGCGGUAAUUCACAAAGAUGUCAAUUUUAUGACUUCUCGACAGUCGCUCGUUUCCACACCACAAUCGUCGCUUAGUAUGUUUAAGACAAAACAUCUAUUCUUCCGCAAUCACUAUCACUAAUCCCAACCUUUUAAAUAUUAGUUGACCUUUACAUUAAACUAUUUGGGACGGCACUCGAGGAUAUGAAAAAAAUGUCGGUUUGAAUUGUAUGUUAGAGAGUAUGAUCGGCUAGGGGCACGCCUAGCGUAGUUGGUAAAUCGAUUGCCUUAUAUGCAGCUCGCCUGGGCGCGAUUCCCAACUCCGCGCAUAAGGUUAGAGAUUUUUCCAAAGAAAUUCAUCUAACUCAAAAAAGUGGCGAAUGACCCUAAAAUUAAAAUGGAUCUAUUAUCGAAAAAAGAGAAGGCUAUGCCAAAUGAAAGGAAAAGUAAACAGAAACAAGAAAACCAUCUAUCUGUGAGUCCCAGCAUACUACCAGAAGACGUUUUUAAUUGCAAAACCGAGUCAUUUUUAUUUAAAUAUAUACACGAUCAACAAGAGAAGAGGAAACAAAGCGGAAACAAUCUCUAAUCAUAAACCAACUCUCCAACUGCAAUUAUGAUCAAUACAUUCGAAAAGGUUCCAUUUAUUUUGGAUACCUCUGAUAUCAUAUAUUUUCCUACGCAAUGAUUGGCCGAAGAUAAAUUAUUUGAAAUCAGUAUGAAAAAAAAUUGGUGAUAGCUUCGAAUGAAUCAAAAAAUCAAAAAAAUGUUCAGUAUUAAAAAGCUACAUGGUAAAUGCUUAUAGCAAACUAUUUUAAGGACUAUAGUUGUAUCAAGCCAAAGUUAUAACAUGGAAUGAAUGUGUAUUAAAAUAGCCCUGUCGAUAAUAGUAUGAGGACGUCAGCAGAUACUACUAUUAGAAAUUAUAAGAAAUAAAAAUUAUUCAAUUUAA